AUGCCAAAACCUCUUGCUGAAUUGACCGUUCCCCAAAUCAACGAGAUAAUACCUGCUCCGGAAGAUGCAGCAUUGGAAUCACCUGUAACGCCAGUGUCAGCAGAGGGUCUUACGUCGCUGCAGAAUAUCAUUAUGAAGUAUAACACCGACGCUAUGGACGAGACGAGCAAGCUGCGUUUCUAUAGACACCUACAGAAAUUUGCGAAAGCCGCUCAAGCAUCGUUUGCUAAGGGGGCUCUCCAGCAAAAUCAGAUUCGACUGAUGAUGAAAAUCAAUAAUGAAGCCAAGGUUCGACGAUCAACGAAGUCGGUGGUCCUAGGAACAGCAAAGAUCAUGAGCUACGAAGACCUCGUGGACGCAAGAGUGAAGCGGGCCGAGCAAGACGCU